CACCGGAGGACUCCUCCAAGAGAAUGAGACCCGCCUGAGUGAAACACAGCUUCAUCUCCGGCUCCAGCAAAGUCUCUGGCAGCAUUCCCACAACAGAUCACUCGGCAGCCUAAAAAUGCCACUUUUCAGCUGGAUGAAGUGGCCGGGAAAUAAUUCCUACAAGCAAACACACUGCGCUGGCUCAGAUAUGGUGACAAAGACCCUGCUUCGGGAAUUAAAAUGGCAUCUAAAAGAGCGUGAGAGAUUAAUACAAGAGAUCGAAAAUGAACAGAAAGUGAAAAAAACAGGUGUGGAUUACAACUGGCUGCGAAACUACCAGAAUCCUCAGGCAACCAUCCCAGCUACCGAACAAAGACAGCUUGAAGUUCUUUGUUCCCAAGUGCACCCUUGUCAAACCGGAACUAUUCUCAGCAGAUUCCGAGAACUUCUGGCAGAAAACGAUGUACUUCCCUGGGAAAUCGUCUACAUCUUCAAGCAAGUUCUGAGAGACUUCCUCAGCAGUCCUGACAGAGGGGGUCGGCACGCUGGCCCAUGGGACUCCGCCGCCAGCUGUUCCCCGGCCCCUGUGUUCUCGGGCGAAAGCUCCCAGAGGCCCCACAAAGAAGAAAUACCCACGAUUUCAAGUUAUGUAGACAGACACGCCAACAGCAGGCUUCUGUCAUGUUCACACAGAGUGUGGAACCGGCCGCACUACUACCCAUCGAGUUAAGAACACCGAGGGCACCUUACCAUCGCAGCUCAGAGCACCAGCCAGGACAGUGAUGUGACCUCAUGUUUCUCUGUUACAAGGUCAGAAGUUAAAAUUCCUGUCACCAACCUGUUUUAGCAGUGUUUUUAACCACUCUAAAUAUUCAAUAUUUUCAUUGAUUAGUAUGCUUUUAACUAAAAUGUUGCCUAAAUGUUUGAAGUAUUUUCUUACACCUCAAAUGUCACAGAACUAAGCAAAUUUAAUAUGAAGUUUGACUAUUUUUUGUGAAACUUAACCUUGACUUUUAUUCUGAGAGCCCAUGUGUAGAAUAAAUGAUUAAUAUGAACUUCUUACACUGCAA